AUGCUCCGGCUCCGGCGCAGCGUGCUCUCGAAGCUCCUCUCGUAUCCCUCCGUCUCUCCUCUCCACCGCCUCAUCUCCACCACGGCGCCGGCCCCCGCCGUCGCCCCCAGCACCGGGUUCGCCGUGGAGGAGUACCUCGUCUCCACCUGCGGCCUCACCCGACCGCAGGCCCUCAAGGCCUCCGCCAAGCUCUCCCACCUCAAGUUCCCCUCCAACCCCGACGCCGUCCUGGCCUUCCUCGCCGGCCUCGGCCUCUCCGGCGCCGACGCCGCCGCCCUCGUCGCCAAGGACCCCAAGUUCCUCUGCGCCGACGUGGGGAGAACCCUGUCCCCCGUCGCCGCGGGGCUCGCCGGCCUCGGCCUGUCGCCUUCCGAGAUCACCCGCCUCGCCUCGCUCGCCCCCGACAAAUUCCGCUCUAGAUCCAUCGUCUCCAAGCUGCACUACUACCUGCCUCUCGUCGGGUCCUACGAGAACCUCCUCGGGGUGCUGAGGUAUGGCUCCUGCCUCGUCUCGUCCGACCUGGAGACGGUGGUCAAGCCCAACGUCGCCUUCCUGCGGGAGUCCGGGCUAGCUGACUGCGACAUUGCCAAGCUGUGCGUCACUCUCCCAUGCCUGCUCACCUCCGGCUGGGAGCGCAUCCAGGCGUUGGUGCUGUGCGCCGAAGGCCUCGGCAUACCCCGUCGGUCCGGGAUGUUCAGGCACGCGCUGCAUGCUGUCGCGUUUGUCGGCGAACAGAAGGUCGCCGCCAAAUUGGAUUGCUUGAAGAGGACGUUUGGGUGGUCAGAUGCUGAGGUCGGCAUUGCUGUGUCCAAGUAUCCGAUGCUGCUGACUAAGUCUCACCACAUGCUGCAGAGCAAGUCAGAGUUCCUGAUCUCCGAGGGCUUCAAGGAGACUGGGAUAGGGUGGAGAGUGGAGAGGUGCGACGGAGAUCAGAAUCUGACUGCUGGCGGCCGCCUUCAGUGGCCGUCGUUUGGUGAUUCCAAAGCCCCAAACCCUCCUCCUCGCACGCCACCUUGGCCCCGCUGGCUUCCCGCCUCCCUCCGGCCCCUCAUGCUCAUGGCCGCCGCCACCUCGGCCGCAUUCUUCUCGUCCCGGGCGGCCACCGCCCAAUUGCCUCACGCCGCCUCGGCCGCGGCCCGCAGGGGGUUUGUCUCCUUGGGCAGGGCCGCCGCCGGCGGUUUCUCCUCCGGGAUUGGAAAAGCUGGAUGCAAGAUUGAAGCAGCUGGUGGUCAGGCUAUUACCUUUGGAGGAGAUGUUUCUAAAGAAGCUGAUGUGGAAUCUAUGAUGAAAGCAGUAGGUACCAACAGUUAA